AUGGGGCAGACCCAGCACACGGAGAACAGCGAGGAGAUUGACGUCAAAGCUCUUCAGGACAUGUACAAAAAGUUUGUCACGGAGUGUCCGAGUGGAGUACUUUUCCUGCACGAGUUCAAGCGUUUCUUUGGUGUGGACCCGACGGGAGAAGCGUCUGACUAUGCGGAAAACAUGUUUCGAGCUUUUGACAGAAAUGGGGACAAUACGAUUGAUUUCCUUGAGUUUGUGGCAGCACUCAAUCUUGUUUUCCGGGGAGACCUGGAGCAUAAACUGCGCUGGUCAUUCAAGGUGUAUGACAAAGACAGCAAUGGUUAUGUGGACAGGGACGAGCUACGGUCAAUAAUUGAUAGCAUCUAUCGGAUAAAGAAAGGCACAAAGACAGACAUGAGCGAUUCACAGCUGACGGUAGACGAGGUUGUGGAUCGACUGUUACAGGCCGUCGACAGUGAUGGAGAUGGUCACAUUAACAUGGAAGAGUUCAUUAGAGGCGCGCAGCAGGACCCCUGGGUGCUCAACAUGUUGAAGUUGGACAUGAACCCUGCAGGAUGGGUGCUGGAGCAGAGGAGAAAGAGCGCGCAUUUCUGA